AUGGCAGAAUACCCGCAGUACGAUACUGGAUAUCGGCCUGCUGAGGUACAUCAAUCACUUGCGAUCUCCAGCCUCCAGUCUAACACCUCACCCUUAGUCUCAAGAUCUAAAACAACAUCAAUUAUGCAUGCCAGAACGCUUACCAACACCACAAUACCACCCAAGUCGUGGCGCAGAGUAUGACCAGGCACUUCAGCAACCGAAAUUGGUCUAUACCGUAAGUGCAUUCUGAUGGAUAUUCUGAAUUCGACAAUUGCGCUCACUUCGCUUUUAGGGACGAUGGGAACAACCACGCGCGCCUCUCUACAGAUUUCUUCCCCAACCGGCAGUCAGCAAUGGAAGUCCUCAAGCUCCACCACCAUACUCAGCUGGGCUUACCAAUAUUGACAAAGGUCUUCGGGAGCUACUGGAGAAAAGGAUCAGCCAAACCAGUAUUGAAGCAGUUACUAAGGAUCAAGUCAAACGAAAACGGUGCUGUCAUUUCAGACAUAAGACAUGGCUUUUCUUGAUCUUAUCAGUAGCCAUCGUUGCGAGUGUGGGUGCCGGGGCAUAUUUGGCUAUUCAUAGUGGAAUUCAUAUGAAGAUUCUUGAUAGUGGUACAGGCUAG